UUCUGUUAUCAAACUGCCUGGCAGAUCAAACUGAAGAUCUAUACUCAGGAAUAGAAUCAAUGAUCAAAUUCCACCCCCAACCCAAAUUAAAAAGACUUUUGUACAGCUGUGUCAUCUAAGACUUGUCAGACUACCAUUUCUAGGAACUUGCAGUGUAAAAAAGAAUGAACUUACAUGCAAAAUUUGUACCAUAAACUUAUACUCUGAUUUCACCUAGACAUCAGUACCUCCAACAAAAAACAAUGGAAUGGAAGCAAGAACUAAAUUGUACUUGCACUCUGACCACCAACUGGCUGUGUACUCGGAGUAUUUCAUUAUCUUUGAGUAUUAUUUGACAUCUGUAAAAAUGAUAGGUCUGAUCUAUUCAAAAGUCCAUGAACGUUUUUGGUAAAUGGCCAAACAGAAAAUAUUUUAGGCUUUAUGAGCCGUGUAGUCUCUGUUACAACACAAAACUCUGCUAGCACAAAAACAGCCAGAGAUGAUACAUAAAUGAAUGAGUGUGCCUGUGUUCUAAAGAAUUUUACAAACAUAGGUGGAGGGCCAUAUUUGGUCCAUGGACCAUAGUUCAUUGUUCUUUGUAUUAGAUAAUCUCUAAUGUCCCCUGUAAUCCUACAACCUAAUGGCUGUACUAUUCUAGGAUUUAGAAGCUUUACUAACCCAAUGCCACAGUUUAAAAAGGCUAUCUCAGCUUUCCCAACAUCUCUAAAACAAAAUGAUAGCACUCAGAGAUUUUCAUGAGCAGAAUGAAGUCUGUGAACAACAAUUCUAGCUUUUAAUCAGAAUCACUAGUGUUUGUUUGUUUUUUUUUUUAAUUAAGCAUUUCUGAGCCCCAGCGCCAGAAAUGUACUUAGAUUCAGGACCCUGAAGAAAAGCACCAGGAAUCUGUAUUCUAAUCUCUUCUUUCUGGAUCUUAUUACGUCUUUUCACUUGCCCAUUCUUCUCAUAUUCAACACAAUAAGUUAAUAAUCAAUGUACUAGUUUCAAUUGCUUUAUUUCCAGUUCUUGCAGAACAAACUUCCAUGAAUUACUUAUUAUAGCAGAGCUAUAGUCAAGAAAACAAUAUGAACAUGCAAAGUUUUUCUAACGUGACAUUACCUACAUUUGUGCUAAAUUAUCAGGGAUAUGCAGUUGGAAAAAGAGACAAGAUUUAUAGCAGAAAAAUCAAAACAAAAGCUGUCUUUUACUUGAUUAAAUUCCUAGUUAAUCCAAAUUUAAUCUGCUGAGUUUUGAGCAACUUGUUAAAGUCAGAUGGCUAAUGCUGAAACCAGGUGUCCUCACCCUUGGUUUGGUUUUCUUUCUGCUGUGCUGUUCUGCUACUUUAAUGCUAUCCCUUCUCAUUUCUGUUUACGUAUAUUGGGGGGCAGGGAUGAGGUGGGGUGGAGGAGACAGUGCACAGAGAAUGGUCAGAAACCUGAGAGAGGCAUUUGGACUUACAGCCAUAUCCACAUCAAGAAUACAAAACUUAUUUAAUUCUAUCAAUACUUUCCAGUAUCACCACCUUGCCUGUCAAUUCUCACAUGUCAUUUGUUUCAGACUAUCCUCUCUCUAGCCAAACUUACUUUUUCAGGUCUUCUGGGGUCAUCCUCACCUUUCUAUGUAAGCUUUACUCCAUCUGAACAGUCUCACAGCUUCCAGUCCACACUGUUCCCCAUCUCUUUACUUGGCAACUCACAAGCCUCAUAUCCAUGAAGCUUCAUUUAACUAAUCCUUUCAGGAAACUAUCAUAGUCACUUACAAAUACUUCCAUUUUACUCAUGUAAAUGACUAAACUGAGUCAUUUUAUAUACUGGGCCUUCUUGGUGACUCAGUGGUAAAGAACCCACCUGCCAAUGCAAGAGACAGGUCCAAUCACUGGGUUGGGAAGAUCCCCUGAAGAAGGAAAUAGCAACCCACUCCAGUAUUCUUGCCUGGGAGAAAUCCCAUGGACAGAGGAGCCUGGCAGGCUACAAGUCCAUGGGGUUGCAAGAAGAGCUGGACAUGACAAGCGACUAAGCAAUAACAACAAUUUAUAUACUAACUGUAAAAAAGUGAAAUUAAGUGGUUAAAAACUAUGUUAAAAACCCACCGAGCCGCCGCGACCAAGAUGGCUGAGAGAGUCGCAGCCUUGCUCAAGAAUGUCUGGGCCAAGGAACCUGUGCUAGUGGCAUCCUUCGCCAUUACGGGCCUCGCUGUAAUCCUGCCCACACUCAGCCCCUACACCAAGUACUCGCUCAUGAUCAACUGGGCCACAUUGUACAACUACCCAGUGCCCCUCCGAGAUGACAGGAACAUGCCCGACGUGCCCAGCCACCCUCAGGACCCCCAGGGCCCGAGCCUGGAGUGGCUGAAGAGACUGUGA